GAGAAUCUGAUUAAUAUGUAGCCGCAAUAAGCAACACAAAAUUUGCGAUACAAAAAUAUUUAAAAUCGGGAAACUGUCAUUAUUUUAUGUAGGGAUAAAAAUAGACAGAAAUGGGUGUAUGUAUAAUCACCUCCAUUUUGCGCAUAUCUCCGUCUCUAAACUCCAGUUGUAGAAUAUCAAAAAGCAAAGCGCCACUCCGCCGUUUCAACGCCAAUCGAAUCACGUGCAGCAGCUCAUCAAUGGAUUCAUCUCCUCCUGGUUACAGAAGAAACGUCGGUAUUUGCCUCAUCAAUUCCGAUAACAAGGUUUUCUCAGCUUCACGGCUGGAUAUACCGGAAGCAUGGCAAAUGCCGCAGGGUGGAAUUGAUGAAAGUGAAAAUCCAAGAGAUGCAGCUAUCAGGGAACUUAGAGAAGAAACUGGAGUUACCUCAGCAGAAAUUAUCGCAGAGGUACCACAUUGGUUGACAUAUGAUUUCCCUCCGGAUGUCAGGGAAAAAUUAAAUCGCCAGUGGGGAUCAGACUGGAAAGGUCAAGCACAGAAAUGGUUCCUGUUUAGAUUUACCGGAAAGGAUGCUGAAAUAAAUCUCUUGGGCGAUGGUACUGAGAAACCUGAGUUUGGAGAAUGGUCAUGGCUGUCACCAGAACAAGUACUUGACCGAGCAGUGGAGUUCAAGAAAUCAGUUUACAAGGAAGUUUUGGAAGUUUUCUCCUCUCAUCUCAACUCAAACUUAUGAAGAAGGCAGAACUGAGUUGGUACAGCACGAAGCGGAUGAAGCUUUGCUAGAGUGAUCCCGAACUUCUCCUCCAUGUCCAUUUCCUCUGGUGCAAUCCCACCUUCAAGUUUCCAGUCAAAGCAAUUUAUGAGGGAGCCCAACAUCACUGGCACCAUCCUCAUCGCCAAUGGCAAUCCCGGACAUUUCCUUCGACCUGCACCAAAUGGAAUUAGCUCAUAAAAAUGGCCGUUCAUUUCAACUUCAGAGUCCAGGAACCUCUCCGGUUGGAAUAACAAGGAAUUUUUCCAUAUCAGGGGAUCACGUCCUAUAGUCCAUGCACUGACUAGGACUUGCGAAUUCUUGGGAAUAGUGUAGCCACAGAGUUGAACUUCUUCUUGUACUUGGCGAGGUAUUAAGAAAGGAACCAGUGGGUGUAAUCUUCCGGUCUCUUUCACAAUACAUUGCAAGUAAGGCAACCUAGAUAUGUCCGCUUCUUUUACAAUCUUUCCCUUCCCGACCACUUCGUUCAGCUCAGCUUUCGCCUUCACUAAUAUUGUAUCUGGGUUUUUUAAUAUCUCAGCCAUCGCCCAUUCCACUGUUCCUGAAGUUGUAUCUGUUCCUGCAGCAAACAAGUCCUGCCAGUGGGUAUCAAGUAUUAUUGAUUCUGGAGUUGUGAUAAUCUUAGUUUGUUAGGUAAUAUUACCAUACGAACAUGAUUUACAUUCUAAGAUGCUACUAAUAUCUUUAAACUGUCGGACAGUAAAAUUAUCAAGAGGUGUCGCUGAGCUAAUUGACCCAGCAACCAUAAAAUUAUCAUGAGGUGUCACUUUGACCCAACAA